AUGCCACGUGAUGAAGAUAAAUCUGAAACAGAAGUUUCUGAUACCAAAUGUUCUGACAAUUCAGCUGGUUCUUUAGAUUAUAAAAUUCUUCAAGACCUACUAAUAAUUGAAAAUGUCUCCCCUCUGCCUGAUUCUGGUUCUGAAAUAUGUGAGAUUGAUUCUGACUCAGAUAGAGGCAUUGGUUUGGACUAUGAUUUAGAACAACAAUGGCAAGACUCUGAUUCCGUAAUAUGGGGAAUGGGUUCAGACUCAGAAAUGUGUCCCAUACCCUCAGACUCUGUGAAACACCUGCUAGAACCAGAAAGAUACCCGAGGGCUUCAGAUUCUGUAAAAGACCUGAUGGAGUCAGAGCAACACUUAGUGGAAGUUGAACAAUUUCAGGUGGACUAUGACUCUCUGAAAUACUGGGGUGAUUCAGAUUCAGAAAAAUGUUUGGAAUAUUCUGACUCUGAAAAAUGUUUGAUGGACUCUGACAAUGAAAGACCUGAGAUAGCCUCAGAUUCAGAAAAAUGCCCCAUUGCUUCUGUGUCUGUGAAACAUCUGAAGGCAGAAAAAUUCCAAAUGGCAUCAGAUUCUAUAAAGCGCAUGAUAGACUCUGAAAGAAGUUUGAUGGAUAUUAAACAACACUGUAUUGUUUCUGAGUCUGAGGAGUAUGUGGUGGAUUCCAGCAUGGAAAAGGAUAAAAUUGGUUCAGCUUCCGCAUCUGGUGUACAUCUUACAGGGAAAGAAAAAUACCAGGAGAAGACUAGAUCUAAGAGGUAUAGAAUGGACUCGGACUCUGAACCAUGCAACGUUGACUCGGCCUUAGAAAGACAUGCACUGGCUACAGCAGCUGCAAAAUGUCUCGUGGGGACUAAAAUAUACCAGUUGAGUACUGAUACUGAGGGACACAGGAUGGAUUUUUCGUCUGAAAGGCACACAAUGGACUUAGAUUCUGAAAGCUUAGGAAGAGCCUCUGAUUCAGUGAAACACAUGAUGAAAGCUAAACGUUGCCAGAGUAAACCUGAAUUGGAAAGAUUCUGGAUGGACCUCAAGUGUGAAUCUGAAAAAUCUUUGACUGACUCUGAAAGGCAACAGUUGGAGUUUGACUAUGAUAGAUGCAGGGAUAGCUCUAGAAGAUAUCAACAUCCAUCUGCAAGAUUCCAAGGUAGCUCUGAAAGAUGUCAGGUUGACUUUAAAAAACAAUGGGAUAACUUUGAGAGCCAUCAACUAGACUCCAAUUCUAAAAAGCAUCCAGCAAAUUCUGAAAAUGAAAAAUCUAAUGAGUUUGAAAAUGAAAGACACAUGAUGGAGAGAGAGGGUGAACAGUGUCUGAUACAGUUUGAAAACAAGAGACUUCAAUUGGAUGAAGAGCAAGAAAAUUAUGGCAUAGUUUCUGACUGUGAAAAAGAGCAACAGAUUACGCCAGACAAUGAAAGACAGCACCUUGACUCAGAAAAUGAAGCACAAAGGCUUGGUGCUCGCAAAAAGGAUAAUCGUCCACCCGGUUUUUGGAGGCCUGUUUUCCUGUCACCUCCAUUUGGCCCAGCAAAGAAAACUGAAGAAAAACACUCUCUGCAACAAACUGGUAACAAAGCUCAGAUGUGUCUUUUAUAG